AUGGCGACCUUCUCCUUUUCCUCGGCGCCUCAACGACGUCGCUAUCGUCCACUUCUUGAGCCCGGCACGACAGAGUCCCGGCGUCCUCACCCUGUAGCCCGCUACUGUAACCGAUUCUUCCGCAUCACCGUCGUCAUUCCUGUCCUCCUUGUAGUCACCCUCCUCGUGGCCGGUCUAUCCAUGAUGGCGGAAGCUCGCUCGGACGAGUCUCAUCUCGAGUUCUUCACAGUUCCUGGAUUCUUCUUACAGGAUGAUCCGGAGACCGAUCCGGAUACGUUUGAUUACGUCUCAUCUAAUUUCGGCCUGAUCUCUCGGCCCUACGACACAGACCAGGACUUCGACCCGGAAGGCAAGAAGACGCAAUGGCAGCGUCUAGCUCACCACAUUGACGUCCUCAAUGAGAACAGCGGGCCUGACACCAGCUAUAAGCUUCUCUUCCUUGGCCGCCACGGCGAAGGUUUCCACAACGUCGCGGAGCAGAAGUACGGGACUGAAUUGUGGGAUUGUUACUGGUCCCUCCAGGACGGCGACGAGAACGGUACCUGGGUCGACUCCCGACUCACCAAGCUGGGCGAAUCGCAAGCCGAGACCGCCCACCGCGCCUGGCUCUCGCAGAUCGAGGCUGGCAUCCCGGCGCCGCAGUCGUAUUACGCGAGUCCGCUGAACCGAUGCCUCGCUACGGCGAGCAUCACAUUCAAGGGCACCGGUCUGCCACUUACUGAGCCGUUCAGGCCGUUACUUAAAGAGCUCCUCCGCGAAACUAUCGGCCUACACACCUGCGACUCCCGCUCCUCCAAAUCCGCCAUCCUCGCGGAAUACCCACUCGUCCGAUUCGAGGAGGGUUUCGCCGAAGAAGACCCCCUAUAUGACCCGGAUCUCCGGGAGAGUGACACCGCACGAGACGUCCGCUUCCGGGACCUCUUCCAGGACAUCUUCGCGCAUGACGAGAACACGUAUUUGUCGUUGACGGCGCACUCGGGCGCUAUUACGAGUAUGUUGCAGGUUGUCGGACAUCGGAAGUUUGCGUUGGCGACUGGCGGUGUCAUUCCGGUGCUUGUGAGGGCUGAGAGAGUCAAGGGCCCGUUGCCGGUUUGGGAGGUUGAUGAUUGGACGGGGAAGCCUGAGUGUAAGGGGGAUCCCAAGGAUAGGGGGUUGUGGGCUCAGGGAGUUUAG